AUGACUACCACCACAAUUUGCUGCAAGCCUCUCAGUCCGCCCAAUGCCUCAAAAAUUGACUUUGGGGUUGAGUUGAUGGGGGUGAACCUUGAGGCUAUGAACGACAAUGAAUUUACCAUCCUCCGUCAAGCUCUAUACGAGAACCAGAUUGUUGUCAUCAAGAACCAAGGCAACCUGACCCCUCGAGCACAAUAUGAGCUCACCCGCCGAUUCGACCCUGUCGCUGGAGUCUACAGCCACGGCAAAUCCAUCGACAAGCGAAGCGUUCUCCACGCCGAUCUCACAACAAUUCCCCAUCAGCCACAAGUGCAAGUCAUUGGUCAUGGCUUCGUCAAGGAGUAUGAAGGAUUAUCCAACAUCCAGCUACGACACCCCCACCACAAAGCCUUCCACAAAACUCCGAUCUCGGCUGAAGAGGACGAGGACUUCACGCAUUUCUAUCGCUGGCACAUCGACUCAGCGAUGUACAAUCUAGACCCGCCUCUUGUCACAUCACUACUAGCAGUCCAAGUACCCAAGGGCAGACGCCAGACGUGCCGCUACGACGACGGUACAGCCGAUACCCUCGAUGUUCCCCUUGGAACAACGGCAUUCUUCAGCGGAUACCGUCUCUACGAACUACUAUCCGAAGAAGAAAAGCAGUUCGUCCGCACUAGCAAGGUUGAAUACGCACCUCACCCUUAUAUUUGGAUGAGCAAAGCGAAGUCCCGCUCGAAUGGGCUUGGCAUCGUCUCAGAGGGAUUGGAACUUGCGGAUGAGGAUUUACCCCCGUUCGAGUCUGACAAGAUCAAAACAUACCCUAUGGCCUGGAAGAACCCAAUUACCGGCAAAUUAGCCAUGAUGGUCUACCCAACUUGUGUCAGAAAAAUUCAUCUGGAGAAUGGCGAGGUAUUGGACAAUCUUACUGAGAUUCGGGAGCGCUUGUAUAAGUUGCAGAGACGGGGGAUUGAUCCUUCUCUGAUCUAUCCUCAUGACUGGCAAGAGGGUGAUCUUGUGCUCUUUAACAACCAUGGAGUCAUGCAUUCUAUUGUGGGCUCUUUUAAGGACCAUGAGGUUCGGGUUUUCAGGCAAUGUAAUAUGGCUGCGAGUCGGCCUCCAAUGGGACCCUCAGCGGUCUAA